AUGUCGACGACCCACGACAACUACGAUCCCGAAAAGCAAGAAAACACUCCUUACAGCAGCGGCAAAGACCAGAACUAUGCCGUUGAGGUCGCACCCGCCGGCGGUGUCGUCCAGCACGACGCCGUGUUCAGCGACAUGAGCGAGGGCGGACCAAACUACCGUUCGCUGGGCAUGCUCGGCGCCUUUGUCCUCAUGACCAAGGCCAACGUCGGCCUCGGAGUCCUCUCCAUUCCAUUCGUUUUCAUGUCGGUUGGCAUGGUCCCCGGUAUCAUUCUCCUGAUCAUCAUGAACAUGAUCAUCAUGUACUGCGCCCUCGUCAUCGGCGACUUCAAGCAGAACCACCCCGAGAUGUACGCCAUCGCCGACGCCGGCUUCAUCAUCGGCGGCAAGGUCGGCCGCGAGUACUUUGGCAUUGCCUUUCUCCUCUUCAUGAUCUUCGUCGCCGGUGCUGGCAUGGUCGGUGUCUCGACCGCGCUCAACGCCGUGUCGACCCACGGCGCGUGCACUGCCAUCUUCAUCUUCGUUGCCGCCAUUGCCGGCUGGGCGUGCGCCUCGGUCCGCACGCUCGGCAAGGUUGCCUGGCUUGGCUGGAUCGGUCUCGUGUCGAUCCUGCUUGCCAUCCUCAUCCUCACCAUCGCUGUUGGUGUCCAGGACCGCCCCUUCGCCGCCCCCAAGACCGGCCCGUGGGAGAAGAACAUCCACAUCUUCGUCGCCGCCACCUUCUCCGACGCCAUGAGCUCGGUCAACGACGUCGUCUUCGCCUUUGCCGCCACCCCCGCCUACUUUGGUAUCAUCUCCGAGAUGCGCGACCCCCGCCAGUACAAGAAGGCCAUGGUCUGGUCCAUGGGCUUUGUCCUCAUCCUCUACCUUGUCAUUGGUGUCGUCGUCUACCACUUCUGCGGCCAGUAUGUCUCGUCCCCUGCCCUCGGCUCGGCGGGUAAGCUCAUGAAGAAGGUCUGCUACGGCGUCGCCAUCCCUGCCCUCCUCGUCACCCUCACCAUCUACGCCCACCUUGCCGCCAAGUACUUCUUUGUUCGUAUCCUCGCCGGCUCGGAGGACCUCACCAAGCCCACCCGCCGCCACUGGACCAUCUGGCUUGGCUCAACCUUCGCCACUGUCGCCAUUGCCUACCUUAUCGCGUCGGCCAUCCCCAUCUUUGGCAACCUCAUCUCCCUCAUCGGCGCCCUUAUCGGCCCCUCGGUCUGCAUCAUCCCCUACAACCUCAUGUGGUGGCACGACAACUGGCGCUUCAAGGAGUCGAGCCAGCGCAACGUCGUCAUGGCCGCCGUCAACGGUAUCCUGCUCGUCAUUGGUGUCUUUGUCACCAUUGCCGGCACGUACGCCGCCGUCCAGACCAUUGUCCACGACAAGUCGCGCAACAAGCCUUGGUCGUGCGCCGACAACUCGCACUCGGUUUAA